AUGGUUGAAGAGGAGCAAGAAGGAGAGCUAGUUGCAGGGAUCAGUCAUCAGGAGAAGAGAAGAGCGGCACAAACUAUAAAAGAAAUAGGAGACAAGGAGAAGGGCGCGAAAAAGAGUGAGGACAUAGCCCAUGCAGUCUAUAAGGAAUUAAUAGAAAAAGAAGAUCAGCUGAACAAAUCUUCAGCCAAACCACAGCUCGGAACUGCCAAAACACCUUCACCGAGGCCAGUGAAAAACAACAAGCAAAGCAAAAAUAAGACCAUCAAGAAGUCCAAGGAAAAGAGAAGGAAGAAGAACAAUAAAACCCAAAAGCCACCAAAGAAGAAGAAAGAAAUCUUACCACCAACGCAGUUUCCUUACUUUAUGGACAACUAUUGUCCAAUCGAGUGUGCCUGCUAUGGAAGAGUGGUCCAGUGCUCAGACAAAGGUGUGGAUACGGUUCCUUAUGGUAUCCCCUAUAAUUCCCGCUACAUCCUCCUUAUGAAUAACUACAUCAACAGCAUCCAGCUGGACCUGCUAAAUCAAUAUGACUCUAUGGAGUUCCUUGUACUAAGCAACAAUCGUCUCACAGAUGGUUCAAUUGAGGGAGCUUUUGAAGGGGUCCCAGCUCUGAAACGCCUCUACUUGGAUAGGAAUCUCUUACAAAGGGUGCCAGCAGACCUUCCAGCUUCUCUGGAGGAGCUUCGUCUGGACAACAACCGCCUGACCGUGAUCUCGAAGGCAGCCUGGGCAUGGUGCCCUGGCCUCUUGGUUCUGAGCCUCAGCAACAACAGCCUUGGGAAUAAUUCAGUUCCUAAUGGCGUGCUCUCCCCUCUAGGGAACCUGCGCACUCUAAACCUGGAUCACAACAUGUUGAUCUCAGUACCUCUGGGGUUACCAUUGUCAAUCAAAGAACUCUAUCUUAAGGGUAACGUCCUUGAGAGUUUUGGCCGAGGAGCUUUCAACGGGAAAUCAGGGUUGGUGGUGUUGGACCUGAGUGCAAACAGACUGAUAAACAAAGGGCUAGAUAGGGAUUCCUUCCUCAAUACAACGUUCUUGGAAAGCAUCAACUUAGAGGGGAACAGACUAAAACAGGUGCCACAACACCUUCCUCUAUCUGUUAAAACUCUAAAUUUGGAAGGAAACUUCAUAUCUUCCAUAAAGAAAUCAGCUUUCAGAAGUUUGAAAAAGCUAGAGCACCUAGGCUUAGCAUGGAAUAAAAUCUUUAAAGUGACAACAGGUGCAUUCAGGAUGCUGCCCGUACUGCACCAGUUAGACCUGAGUCACAACACACUGAAGCAGGUGCCCAGACAGUUACCUAAAGGUUUGCACUCAGUAGCACUCAAGCACAACAAGAUUCGGUCAGUGCCUCGUGAUGCUUUCUGCUGGGGCAAUAAAACUCUCAGCGGACUUGUGAAAGUGCAGUUGGAGCACAAUUUCAUUGAUAUGGCAAAUCUGGAUGCACAUGCCUUCAGAUGCUUACGGGGCUUCCAGGUGGUGCACUUCUAUUGA